GUUUACGUAUGCGGAAGCGACGGUCAGAGAGGGAGCGAUUCAGUAAACCGACCCAGAAGGUAGCACCGUACCAUUUCCAGUGUAUAUUCGUAUUUUUACUGGCUACCGUAAGACGGGGUGGUGGUGGAUGAUAGAGGGGGGCAGAGGGGGUUACAAAGUACAAUGAACGACAUCAGGAAAGGCGGGAGUAUGGCUGCGGACGGAAUCCGGGCACCGAGUGAGCUGCGAAUGGCCCCUUCUGUGAAUCACAACCAGCAUGACAGCGGCACCGGCGACGAGCUGGUGAGCUCAGUGACGCUAUACAGAAGAAGGCCCCGACUGCUACAUGGUACCAUCCUCCCGUUCCUGGCUGUUCUCUACCCGGGCUGGCUGUACGUGUGGUUAGGAGUAUACGGUGCCUCCGAGUAUCCAGAGCCAGGCCUCCUGGCGUUAGCCGCGAUCGGGAUCGCGCACGUCCUAACAGCACUCUCUGGUUAUUGGUCCGUGCACGCGCACUGUUGGCUCACUUGUUCCAAGGAACCAGACCCAAACAAGGCUACACUUGCAAAGGUCAUACCCACCCCCAACAAUGGUUCUGCUGAGCUUGUGGCACUACAGAGGGACCAGGAUGAGAACGGGGAGGGGGUUCUGUCUUUUGAAUUUCAAAAGAUCCGCUACGUCUUUGACUGGAAAGAGAAGAAAUGUUUCCUUCCAAUAGCAUUUCCCAUCAGCAACCCAAUGGGCUAUUUUCAGUCUUGGCGUGGCUACCAGGAGGAGACUGAACUUCGAGCUGCAGAAAAGCAGUACGGCACCAAUCGUGCUGAGAUGGUGGUGCCAGAUUUUCUGGAGCUCUUUAAAGAAAGGGCCACAGCUCCCUUUUUUGUUUUCCAGGUGUUCUGUGUGGGGCUGUGGUGUCUGGACGAGUACUGGUACUACAGUGUUUUCACACUGUUCAUGCUGGUGGCGUUUGAGGCCUCCUUGGUCCAGCAGCAAAUGAGGAAUAUGUCAGAGAUCCGGCGCAUGGGAAACAAACCCUACAUGAUCCAAGUGUAUCGCAACAGGAAGUGGAGACAUAUUUCUAGCGAUGAACUUGUCCCUGGUGACAUCGUCUCAAUAGGACGUUCGCCUCAGGACAACUUGGUACCGUGUGACGUCCUGCUACUCAGGGGGCGUUGCAUUGUGGACGAAGCCAUGCUGACCGGAGAGUCUGUGCCCCAGAUGAAGGAGCCAGUGGAGGACUUGGAUCCAGAGCGAGUCCUGGACCUUCAAACAGACUCUCGCCUUCACAUCAUCUCUGGUGGGACAAAAGUGGUCCAGCAUAGCCCCCCUUUAAAGGCCAGUGCUGGACUCAAGCCUGUAGACAACGGCUGUGUGGCCUAUGUGCUGAGAACAGGAUUCUAUACCUCUCAGGGUAAACUAUUACGGACCAUUCUCUUUGGUGUGAAAAGAGUGACAGCCAACAACCUGGAGACUUUCAUCUUCAUCCUCUUCCUCCUUGUAUUUGCCAUUGCUGCAGCUGUUUAUGUGUGGGUGGAAGGGACCAAGGAUCUCAGCAGGAACCGCUACAAACUGUUUCUGGAGUGCACGCUCAUCCUCACCUCGGUGGUUCCACCAGAACUCCCCAUAGAGCUUUCUCUAGCAGUUAACACAUCUCUUAUUGCACUAGCUAAACUUUAUGUAUUCUGCACAGAGCCUUUCAGGAUACCAUUUGCAGGGAAAGUUGAAGUUUGCUGUUUUGACAAGACAGGAACACUAACCAGUGACAGUCUGGUGGUACGAGGGGUAGCAGGCCUCAGAGAGGGAAAGGAGGUGAUGCCUGUGUCCGAGAUCCCAGUUGAGACACAUCGGGUAGUGGCCACCUGUCACUCACUGGUCACUCUGGAUGAUGGACAGCUGGUUGGUGAUCCACUAGAGAAGGCCAUGUUGACUGCUGCCGACUGGACACUUACUAAAGAUGAAAAGGUGUUUCCACGAGGCAUCAAAACCCAGGGACUUAAGAUCCACCAACGGUUCCACUUCGCCAGUGCUCUGAAAAGGAUGUCAGUCCUGGCCUCCUAUGAGAAACUGGGCUCCACUGAACUCUGCUACAUCUCAACAGUCAAGGGUGCUCCAGAGACACUCAGAAGAAUGUUUGCAGAAUGUCCAGCAAGUUAUGAUGAAGUCCACAAGGAAAUGUCACGUGAAGGGGCUAGAGUGCUGGCCUUGGGCUACAAAGAGCUGGGACAUCUCAGCCAUCAGCAGGUCCGGGAGAUGAGUCGUGAUGCUCUGGAGUGUGACCUGCAUUUUGCUGGGUUCAUGGUUGUGUCAUGCCCCCUCAAGAUUGACAGCAAGGCUGUCAUCAGAGAAAUCCAAGAAGCAUCCCAUCAUGUGGUGAUGAUCACAGGUGACAAUCCUUUAACAGCUUGCCAUGUAGCAAGGGAGCUACACUUCAUCCAGAAAGAACACACACUUAUAUUGCAGACAAGCCCUGAUCAAGGUGCGUGGCAGUGGGAAUCCAUUGAUGGCACUGUUCGUGUACCACUGCCCCCUCCUUCUGUUUCUUCUUUUGUGCGGCAGUUCGACUUGUGUGUAACAGGGGAAGGGCUGGCUAGAUUGAGCUGUGAACCCCGGCUACUCCACGCCCUGUUGCCUCAUAUACAAGUGUUUGCCCGUGUCAGUCCUAAACAGAAGGAAUUUGUGAUCACCAGUCUCAAGGGGCUGGGUUACGUGACACUGAUGUGUGGUGAUGGUACGAAUGAUGUGGGAGCUCUCAAACACGCCCACAUAGGUGUUGCUUUGUUAGCCAAUGCCCCUGAGCGCAUGCCUGAAAGAAAGAAGCGUGGAAAGGAAAAGGAAACAUCCACAGCAGAAUCCAGACCAUUGCCGCCUGUCAGUUCAGGGGCCAAACUGAGCUCCAGGGGAGCCAGGCAGCGGGUGAUGGCCCAGAGAGAAGAGCAGCUUGCUGCACAAAAAGAGAGGAUUAGUCAGGUAUUACGGGAACUUGAAGAAGAUCAGGUACAAGUAGUGAAACUGGGCGAUGCCUCCAUUGCUGCCCCCUUCACAUCAAAACUUUCCUCCAUACAGUGCAUCUGCCAUGUUAUAAAACAAGGCCGUUGUACUCUGGUGACAACGCUCCAGAUGUUCAAGAUCCUUGCCCUCAAUGCCCUAGUUCUGGCCUACAGUCAGUCAGUACUCUACCUCGAGGGAGUCAAGUUCAGUGAUUUCCAGGCAACCUUGCAGGGCUUGCUGUUGGCUGGAUGCUUUCUAUUCAUCUCUAGGUCAAAGCCACUCAAAACACUGUCCCGAGAGCGGCCCUUACCAAACAUCUUCAAUCUGUAUACAGUGCUGACUGUGCUUCUGCAGUUUGCUGUCCACUUCUGUAGCCUGGUGUACCUUUACAAAGAGGCUCAAAGCAGAAGUCCACCUAGAGAGGAGCAGUUUGUAGAUCUGUAUAAAGAGUUUGAACCCAGUCUAAUAAACAGCACAGUAUACAUAAUGUCAAUGGCCAUGCAGAUGGCCACCUUUGCCAUUAACUACAAGGGUCACCCUUUCAUGGAAUCUCUCAGUGAGAAUCGGCCGCUACUAUGGAGCAUCGCUCUGUCAGGUUUAGCGAUUGUGGGACUUCUCACUGGUUCGUCACCAGAAUUCAAUGAACAGUUUGCUCUUGUAGAUAUUCCCACUGAGUUCAAAUUAAUCAUUGCCCAGGUUCUGGUAGUGGACUUUGUUGCUGCUCUGCUGGUGGACCGUGUCUUGCAGUUCCUGCUGGGCAAAGGAACUCUCAGGCUGCCUUCUUGAACUCAGUGCCAACAGCAACUGCUGCUCUUACCAACCAAACUCUAAAGGGAGAGAAAACGUUGGAGGGAGAUGAGAAUGAAAGCUGUUGUUACAUAAACAAGACAGCUGAGACAGACAUGGCGUGCAGUACUGUACACUCUGUGUAUCCCUUCCUUUGUCCUGCUCUGCUCCUCCUUAACCAUCUGUGUUUCCUUUCAUUUUUUUCUACAUUUUUCUCUCUGUCUUUAUAUGUUUCUCCCCACUGCUACAAAAGGCCAUGAAAACAGCAGUAUUGAGUGGAGUGUGAGAUUGUGCCAGCCAGAGUGAAACGCAAAGGCACAAAAAGGGGCAUUCUCCAAGAGAAUUGCAAAAGUGUUUUGGAUUUGUUUUUUUGAUUCCUCUGCUUAAUUUUGUAAAAAGUGGAAAAAACAUCUUUAACAGACUUAUAAAGACUUAAAUAUACAAAUUA